AUGGCCUCCUAUAUGAAUGCCAGCGAGGCGCUGACCCAGCAACAACUCGCACAAAAUGCAGAGCAACCCAUCGCCCAGUCCGCAUGGGCAAACAAAUACCGCGGGGCGACAGUAGAGGACCUGGACCCCAACCCAGCCCUAUCCGUAUCCCCCGACGAUCUGAUCUCCACUGCCCUGAUGGCCGCUUACGAACGUGACUACACACACCUGACCGUUACCUCCUCGACGAAACGCUCUCUGGUCGGAUACCUGAGCAUCCCCCGACUAAAGGAGCUCCUCAAGGACGGCACUGUCAAGGAAAACGACCCCGUCUCUGCCGCCAUGCAGCGAUUCAACCGCAAGAAGGGCACAUACCAGGUCAUCACGAUGGAGACACCGCUGGAGGAGCUGGAGCAGUUCUUCGAGAGUGAAACCGGUCCUAAUGGAGAGAAGAGGGCUAAGCAGGAUUUCGCUGUAGUUACGGAUGUGUCGCGCAAGUUCGUACUGGGUGUUGCGACAAAGGCGGAUUUGGCUGAGUUCGUGAAGCGGAGACCGAAUUAA